ACAGUACAGAAUAUAGAUAUAAGAAAUUCGUAAACAAUCACGAGGUACUAUAACCUGUACGAAAGACUUUCUAAUGGAACGUCUGACAAAAGUUGAAGAAAAUCUACUCCCUCCCAAACCUGCUCCAAAGCCAGGCCGCGUAAGGGUCGUGAGGGCUCUGUACAAGUACACAGCACAGUAUCCAGAUGAGUUGUCAUUUCAAGAAGGAGACUUGCUGUAUGUGUUUGAUGAAGUGACAGACCCAAACUGGUGGAAGGCUCGGUGUGGAAACCAGGCAGGCCUCAUACCAAGCAACUAUGUGGAGAGUCAGACAGAGGAAGUUGAACAGCCCCUCCAUGAGGCAGCCCGGAGAGGGAACCUGGACUUCAUGCGAGAAUGCUUGCAGCAGGGAGUGUCUGGCACAGGGCUUGACAGUGCAGGGAAUACACCAUUAUAUUGGGCUUCCCAUGCAGGGCAUGUAGACUGUGUCAGAGAGCUACUAGCACUCCCCAGGUCUGCAGUCAGUGCUCAGAAUGUCCUUGGGGACACACCUUUGCAUGUGGCUGCUGCUCGUGGCCAUUUAGAAGUUGUGGAGCUUCUGCUCAUCCACGGUGCAGAUUCACAACUCCACAACAAGGACCAACAAACACCUACAGAUCUUGCAAUGAAUUCUGCCAUUGUCAACCUGCUACAGAUGAGCAACUUGACUCAUCAGCGCAGAAGUGUCGUCACAUAUGACACUGACGAGUAUGCUGAUGAGUCAGACUAAUUCCUACAUUGUAGAAUUUGAUGUUUUCACAGCAGUGAGUCUUAUACCAUCCUUUAUCUAUUUUACUUUCGAACAAGUCUUAACAGAUCAUGUCCUACAAACACACACAAGUCUAGGAGGAUAGGUGUAGAUCUAGGUGGUAAAGGAACAAUGUGUUUGUACACUAAACCUUACACAUACAAAACUUAAAUUAGUAUGCCUUGUAGUAUAUGAAUCCAUCACUAUAUGAGAGAAAAACAUCUGAUGGUGGUUCUCCUGUAAUAAAAUUGACCAUCAUUAAUGAUUUUGAGAACACGUCUUCUCUUUUUCUUUACACUCUUCUCACUCCUAUGUGGAACAUAGGGGCCUCCAUUCAGAGUUUUCUUGAUCUGUUUUAUACAUUUGGUUGGUCUCUUUGUACAAGUGAUCAGCCCAUCACAAGGCCUCUACCUGUACACAGGACAGCACAACACAGAAAGACGCGGACAAACAUCCAAACACACAAGGCCUGCACCUCAGACUGCGCAGCCACUGUGACUGGUUCUGAGAAUACUUCCUGAAAUAAACCCUAGAUAUACUGAUGAUGUCCCCACAUUCUGGGUGGCAUUUGGUUUGAACUUAAAUGACACAAUAUAUACAAUGAUAUUUUAUUUUUAUAAACACAUUGAACUUCUCAGCAAGAAGUCAGAAGAAUGAAACAUCAUAUUUAUCAUUGUUCAUAUAAUUAUUAAUAAAUGUAUAAACUGUUUGAAUCAUUACUUUUAUGUCUAUCAUUCCACUGACAUUUAUAAGAGAACAUAAGGUUGUAGUUGUUGAGAAUUUGUCAUUUGUUUGGGUCCUUGUUGUCUUCUUUCCCAGCUAAUUUAUACUUACUUAAUUGUAAAAUAAAUGCAUAAUCCAGUGUUUGCCAGGCACUGACCAGACAUCGAUAAUUUGAAGAAAUAUAUACAAUCACAUUUCUCAAGUGGGGGACAAUGCUGUCAGUACCAUUUUAAUUUAUAUCAUCCAUAUAAACAUACCGUGGUCUGUCUUUGUGGGACAGAGGAUAUCCUGUGUUAAACGAAGGUCUCUGUUUCAAGGAUAUUUUAUGGUACAUGCAGAAUAACAUUUGUUGUAGGUCCUUAGUUUCUGGCACAUUGUGCCAAUUACACUGAUUAUUUUUAUAUACAGAUGACUUCCAUAACCUGUAUUUUUGUAUUUAUAUGAAAUUUAUAUCUGUAAUAUAGAUGUAAUAUCAGAUUUGGCAAGAAUAUUUUAUAUUUGUAACAGUUUAUUUUGAAAAAUAAAAUAAUUUACCUAA